AUGGUGAAUCGACAAGAGGAAGAUCCAUCAAGGAUAAAAAGUUCAUCGACUGCUUCAUCUAAUCAAAGUGGAUCGAAUGAUUUUGUUAAAAAACUAUUUCAAAUGCUACAAGAAGAUAGCUAUAAAGAUGUUGUUAGAUGGACCACCAAUGGAGAUAGUUUUGUUGUGUUGAAUACCAAUGAAUUCACCAAAGAUAUAUUACCAAAACAUUUUAAACACAGUAAUUUUGCUAGUUUUGUUCGUCAAUUAAAUAAAUAUGAUUUCCAUAAAGUUAAAAUACCAAAUGAAGAAAAACAGAAUUACCAAUAUGGAGAAGAUGCUUGGGAAUUUAAACAUCCUGAUUUUAGAUAUAACGAUCGAGAAGCUUUAGAAAAUAUUAAAAGAAAAGGACCAAGCAAUAAAUCAAAAUUAAAUAAUAAUCAUAUCAUUACCAAUCCAACAACUGAUCCGUUAUUCAUUCAAACCCAAAAUCAAUCAGGUCAAAAUUUCCAAAAUUUAAAAGAUGAAAUAAAUUCCCUUAAACUUGAAAAUAAAGCAUUACAUCAAGAUAUUUCAAUUAUCAAUACCAAAUAUAAAACCUUAAUUGAAAACAUCGUGGCUAUCAAAUCUUUUGACGAACGUUAUCAUCGUUCGAUGAAUUUAUUAAUUCAUUGUUUAAUUCAAGCCGGUAUUAAACUACCGCCUCUUGAUUUCCCAAAUCCAAACUUGGUUUCAAUGCAAGGUCCUCCUCCUUCAACAAAUCAAAAUAAUACUUCAAAUCAUUCUUCCCAACCUCAUUCCCAUUCCAACUCUUUGUCUCACUUAUCUUCAACCCAUCCCCUACAGAGUCCCAAUUAUGAUCACCAACUGCAUCACCAACAUCAAUAUCAUAAUCGUCAAUCUUCUCAUUCCCAUCCUUUAACCGGCCGUCCUACUCCCCCUUCAAAUGGUAAUAUGAGUCCGGCUCCCUUAUCUCCUCAACAAUUGGUGAAUUCUACUCAUGGCCUGCCAUCUACUUUACCUAAUCAUCUGUCUCCUCGAAAUCCUUCGGCAAAUUCUAAUGAUCCUAACCAUUCUUCCUCCACUAAUAACAACAAUCACAAUAAUAAUAACAAUCAUAAUAAUAAUCACAAUAAUAAUAAUGGCCCGGCUUCAGUACCAACUAUUACGGGACCGGCUUCCGAUAGCUCAACCGCACAAUUAUCAACAACUGAUUUACCUCAAGUAAGCACCACUAAUUUACCCAAUCCAAAAUUCCAUGUCCUUUUGGUUGAAGAUGAUAAUGUCUGUAUUCAAUUAUGUCGUAAAUUUUUGGUUAAAUAUGGUUGUCAAGUAACUGUGGUGACUGAUGGUUUAAACGCUAUUUCUACUGUCGAACAUACCAAAUACGAUUUGGUUUUAAUGGAUAUCGUUAUGCCCAAUUUGGAUGGUGCAACUGCAACCUCUGUCAUCCGUAGCUUUGAUACCAGAACUCCCAUCAUUGCCAUGACUGGUAAUAUUGAAGAUAACGAUUUGGUUACUUAUCUACAAAAUGGUAUGUCGGAUAUCUUAGCAAAACCUUUUACAAAGGACGAUUUAUACCUGAUUUUAAGUAAGCAUUUACUUACUGCUAUUGAUCCUCAUUCCAAUUCUAUUAGUGGUGCCCCUUCA